GCGCGGAGCCGGGCCCAGGAACGCAGGCGGCGGCAGGAUGAACAGCAUCAAGAACGUGCCGGCGCGGGUGCUGAGCCGAAGGCCUGGCCACAGCCUGGAGGCCGAGCGCGAGCAGUUCGACAAGACCCAGGCCAUCAGCAUCAGCAAAGCCAUCAACACCCAGGAGGCCCCCGUGAAGGAGAAGCAUGCCCGGCGCAUCAUCCUGGGCACUCACCACGAGAAGGGGGCCUUCACCUUCUGGUCCUAUGCCAUCGGGCUGCCGCUUCCCAGCAGCUCCAUCCUCAGCUGGAAGUUCUGCCACGUCCUCCACAAGGUCCUUCGAGACGGGCACCCCAACGUGCUGCACGACUGCCAGCGGUACCGGAGCAACAUCCGGGAGAUCGGAGACUUGUGGGGCCAUUUGCAUGACCGAUAUGGGCAGCUGGUGAAUAUUUACACCAAACUCUUGCUGACCAAGAUCUCCUUCCACCUCAAGCACCCCGCGUUCCCUCCGGGCCUGGAGGUGACAGACGAGGUGUUGGAGAAGGCCGCUGGGACCGAUGUCAACAACGUCUUCCAGCUCACCGUGGAGAUGUUCGAUUACAUGGACUGUGCGCUGAAGCUCUCUGAAUCAGUUUUCCGGCAGCUCAACACGGCCAUUGCCGUGUCCCAGAUGUCCUCGGGCCAGUGCCGCCUGGCCCCCCUCAUCCAGGUCAUCCAGGACUGCAGCCACCUCUAUCACUACACAGUCAAGCUCAUGUUCAAGCUGCACUCCUGCCUCCCAGCGGACACCCUGCAAGGCCACCGGGACCGGUUCCAUGAGCAGUUUCACAGCCUCAGAAACUUCUUUCGCAGAGCCUCGGACAUGCUCUACUUUAAGCGGCUCAUCCAGAUCCCCCGGCUGCCCGAGGGACCCCCCAACUUCCUGCGGGCCUCGGCGCUGGCCGAGCACAUCAAGCCGGUGGUGGUGAUCCCCGAGGAGGCCCCCGAAGACGAGGAGCCCGAGAACCUCAUCGAGAUCGGCUCGGGGCCCCCCGCCGCGGAACCAGCGGUGGUGGCUGACCUCUUCGAGCAGACAUUUGGACCCCCCAAUGGCUCCAUGAAGGACGACAGGGACCUCCAGAUGGAGACCUUGAAGAGGGAGGUGGAGACGCUCCGCACGGAGCUGGACAAGAUCCAGCUGGAGGCGCAGCGGUACAUGGCGCAGCUGAAGGGCCAGGUGAAUGCGCUGGAGGCCGAGCUGGAGGAGCAGCGCAAGCAGAAGCAGAAGGCCCUGGUGGACAACGAGCAGCUGCGCCACGAGGUGGCCCGGCUGCGCACCGCCCAGCUGGAGGGCGAGCGCCACCAGGGGCUGCGAGAGGAGGCGGAGAAGAAGGCCAGCGCCACCGAGGCGCGCUACAACAAGCUGAAGGAAAAGCACAGCGAGCUCAUCACCACGCACGCCGAGCUGCUCCGGAAGAACGCAGACACGGCCAAGCAGCUGACGGUGACACAGCAGAGCCAGGAGGAAGUGGCGCGAGUGAAGGAGCAGCUGGCCUUCCAGGUGGAGCAGGUGAAACGGGAGUCAGAGAUGAAGCUGGAGGAGCAGAGUGACCAGCUGGAGAAGCUCAAGAGGGAGCUAGAGGCCAAGGCGGGAGAGCUGGUGCGGGCGCAGGCGGCCCUGAGCCACGCGGAGCAGAGCGGGUCGGAGCUGAGCUCGAGGCUGGAUGCGCUGAGUGCUGAGAAGGACACACUGAGCAGCGUCGUGCGGCAGCGGCAGGCUGAGCUGGUGGCCGCCCAGAGCCUGGUGCGGGAGAAGGAGGCGGCGCUGGACCGGGAGCAGCAGCGCAGCUCCAGGGAGAGGGGCGAGCUGCAGGGGCGGCUGGCAGACAAGGAGUCUCAGGAGCAGGGGCUGCAGCGCAGGCUGCUGGAUGAGCAGUUCGCCAUGCUGCGGGGCACCGCUGCCGAGGCCGAGCGCAUCCUGCAGGACGCCGUGGGCAAGCUGGACGAUCCCCUGCACCUGCGCUGCACCAGCUCUCCGGACUACCUGGUGAACAGGGCCCAGGCUGCCCUGGAUGCUGUGAGCACCCUGGAGAAGGGCCAUGCCCAGUACCUGAUCUCCAGGGCAGAUGCCUCUGCUCUUGUGGCAGCCCUGACCCGGUUCUCGCACCUGGCCGCGGACACCAUCGUCCACGGCAGUGCCACCUCCCACCUGGCCCCCACUGACCCUGCUGACCGCCUGAUCGACACCUGCAGGGAGUGUGGAGUCCGGGCUCUGGAGCUCGUGAGGCAGCUGCAGGAUCAGCAGGCUCUGCUGCAGGCCCAGCCAGGCCUGGUGCAGACCCCCCUGCAGGGCAUCCUUCAGCUGGGCCAGGAGCUGAAGCCCAAGAGCCUGGACGUGCGUCAGGAGGAGCUCGGGGCUGUGGUGGACAAGGAGAUGGCGGCCACGUCUGCGGCUAUCGAAGAUGCGGUGCGGAGGAUCGAGGACGUGAUGAACCAGGCCCGCCAUGCCAGCUCUGGGGUGAAGCUGGAGGUGAAUGAGAGGAUCCUCAACUCCUGCACAGACCUGAUGAAGGCCAUCCGGCUCCUGGUGACAACAUCCACGAGCCUGCAGCAGGAGAUCGUGGAGAGCGGCAGGGGGGCAGCCACGAAGCAGGAAUUUUACGCCAAGAAUUCGAGGUGGACGGAAGGCCUCAUCUCCGCCUCCAAGGCCGUGGGCUGGGGAGCCACGCAGCUGGUGGAGUCAGCUGACAGGGUGGUGCUUCACACGGGCAAGUACGAGGAGCUCAUCGUCUGCUCCCACGAGAUUGCGGCCAGCACGGCCCAGCUGGUGGCGGCCUCCAAGGUGAAGGCCGACAAGCACAGCCCACACCUGAGCCGCCUGCGGGAAUGCUCACGCGCCGUCAAUGAGAUGGCCGCCAGCGUGGUGGCCUCCACCAGGUCGGGCCAGGAGCAGAUCGAGGACAGAGACACCAUGGACUUCUCUGGCCUCUCCCUCAUCAAGCUGAAGAAGCAGGAGAUGGAGACCCAGGUGCGGGUCCUGGAGCUGGAGAAGACCCUGGAGGUGGAGCGCGUGCGGCUGGGCGAGCUGCGGAAGCAGCACUACAUGCUGGCCGGGGCCGUGGGGACGGCCGGUGCGGAGGAGCCCGGCCGGCCCAGUGCUGCCCCCGGCAGUGGGACCUCCAAGAAGCCACCCCUGGCCCAGAAGCCCAGCGUGGCCCCCAGGCAGGACCAGCAGCUUGACAAAAAGGAUGGCAGCUACGCGGCUCCACUCGUCAACUACUAGCCCCCCCCCACCGCCGAGGGGUCCAGCGGGGAGGCCGAUGGCCAGGCCUGGGCCUCGUG